AUGCAUUUCCUCAAGACCAUCACCCUCGCUUUCCUCAGCGUUUCCGCCGCCAGCGCCUUCACAGCCCCAGAGGUCCGUGAUAUGGCUGUUCAGGCCGAGUCCGACUACCUCCAGGCUCGUGACGAGUACAUCGAGAAGCGUGACUUGUUCCGCCGCCUCGGUGGCAACGGUACCUGCAAGCCCAACGGUACCGACCACAAGGGCCAGCGCCGAUACCGCUGCUACAAGGAGGGUCAAUCGACCAAGACCACUGGUUGCGGUCCCUGCUCCAAGACUGCUACCAAGGGCCAGUACUGCCUUUGCAACCCUUAA